AUGGAAGAUCCCACUGAAAGCAUUCGCCUUCCUUUAGAGUCCGCCUUCUUCCUCCACUCUCGAGUACAAUUCAUCUCCUUCGUCUCCUGUUCUCGCUCGACCAAACCGAAGCCGCAAACCCCGUCCCCGCUCUCUGCUCAAUCCCAUCUCCCGCACCGAAGCCGCAGACUCCCUCUUCCUCCUCACGCUCGAUCCCGCACGCCCAUUUCUCCACACGACAAAACCGCUCCUCCUCUGCGACCCCAAAGCUGCUCCUCCCAAUUCUUCUUUUCGUUCGUUCGCCCUGCCUCCUCCUUCCCCACGCGCUCAUCUCCUCCCUACACCGAAACGCUCGCCUCCUCUCUGCGUCGAUCCCGCACGUCUGCUUCGACUCCAUCUUCCUCUCACGACGAAUUCGGGCUCCUCAUUCGAUACCUUCCCCUUCUCUCGAUCGCUGCCCAACUCCCUCUUCGUGCUCGCCUGCCCUCGCUCGCCUCCUCUCCUUUGCGUCGAAGCUUUCGCUCGACUCGACUCCCUCCUCUACAUCAAAGCUCUCGCCUUCCCUUCGGCACCGAAGCUUUCACCCGCUCGACUCCCUCCUUUGCAUCGAAGCUCUCGCCUUUCCUUCUGCAUCGAAGCUUCCAACUCCCUCACCUCUCGAUCGAACCUAAGACCCGAGAUUCAGUCGCACUUCCCUUUUUCCUCCUUCCCUCGGUGAGGUCCAACCGGAGCCCUUCCUUUCCCAGCCGACAGCUCUGCAGGAAAAUGAUUUGGACAAUCGGAACAGAAAGUCAGUUGUGCACGCUUCGCCUAUCCAACCUAAUCCUCUGA